UAGCAAUUCGCGUUGUUAUAGUGUAGCGGGGGAUUUGGUUAUUGUACUCAUAUCGACCUGCUUAAUAUGGAGCCAUUCGAAAGCAGGUCGCCUACUUAUACUCGAUACAGUUCAGUUCGGCAGUCCGACCAACGGGUGGUAGUUGGUGAAGUAAUUUAGCCUACCCUUUAGCGGGUGCAACCGCUGGGCAAGAGGGGACCGUGGUGAAUGUGAUGUGCUUUGAUUUGUUAAUCCUUGUUAAAAAAAAAAUGGGAUGAUGACAGCAGUGGCGUUCCAAAGCUCCCCAAAGUUGGAGUGGGUGACAGAUUGACACGGCAUUUGAAACAGGAGCGAAUAUCCUCGGACACACCACAUCGCCUCGUAGCUGGAAUGUGUAUUCAUCGCCAGUGUGUGUGUGUUUGAGCGAUUUUCAUUGCAUCCUAGUGGCAGGAAAACGGGACCGUAAGGGGAGCAAUAACAAGAAUUAUCCAAAAAAGAAAAAGAAAAUGGAGCCACGGGAAGGGGAGAGCAGAUGUGUCGGACACAUACACACACACACACACACAAACACACACUAAUCUGGCGCAUCGACCACACACGACCAAGCGAAGGAAAACAGUUCCAAAUCUCUCUCCUUUCCCGUGAUGUGCCCCUCCAUCAUCUGUCUACUCCAUCCACCGAUUUGCGAUGUGAUUAAUUUUGUGUUCUGACGGGGGACCGUUUUUUCGCUCUCCCUCUCCUUCGCUCUCUCCUUUUUGCCUCUCCCUCCCUCUCUUUCUCACUCUUGCUGUCUAACACACUUUUUCCUCUUUUCACUUACCGCUUCCAGGAAGAAGAAGAAGAAGGAAAAAACACGGUGCAAACUUGAAUUAUGUUUGUGUGCUUCGGUUGAGGGGCGCUGACGGUGCGCGCAGGGUGGAAAAAUAAUAAUUUGACAACAGCGAGCAGCAGCGGAAGCGGAUGAUGUUGAUUUUCGGUCCGGUUGGUGCAGGAAGGGGAAGUGAAAAAGGGGAAGAAAGUUUUGCACGCGAAUGAAACAAUCAUCAAGUUAGGCUACAUAGAGCGACGAGUACGUGUGUGUGUGUGCUGUGUGUACGUGAAAGUGGAAAGGAGCGCGUUUGGUGCUGCCAAGGAUUUGAUUAAAGUUGACAUUUCACAGCAAGCAAUCCCCAUCGCCCUGCACUAAACACAAAUGCUUACAUCCGCGGUGAGCUGGUCCAUCAUUUAGUAGUGUGCGUUUUGCUGUUUUUCGGACUAUUUAUCAGGAAACAGCAAGAAAGUGACCAACCUAAAGUGCAAUGGCAAGCAGAUACUUUGUUUAACCAGGGUUUGAGUGUGUGUGCGGUGAAAAAAGGGAUAAAAAACGAUAACAGCGGAGCGCUGUCGUUCAAUCUAGUGUGCCAUAUCCAUUCGCCUACCCUGCCUCCGUUGUGCCGGCCCGGGAUGCUUUAACGAUGAGCAUAGCCGCGAUGCACGAAAAGGACGGUCACGAUCACUACCGUUACGACACGUACGCGCCGCUGAUGAAGUCCGCCACGCUGAAGGGCGUCAAGGCGGUCCACUGUACCAGCGAGACGGCCACCGUGCUCAAGGGCGGAACGCACACGACGAUGACCAAGCACAGCACCACGAUCCACAGCAAGGACGGGACGGCGAAGGCGCGUUGCUGCACCUGCUGCGCCGGCCGGGGCAGCUCCACCUUCUGGGCCGCCCUGCUGACCAACAUCGGCGUCUGCACGUUGCUGCUCGCGUACACCUUGCUGGGUUCGUUCAUCUUCCUGGCCAUCGAAGGAGGCGCCUCGCAGAUGCAGCAGCGCACGCUCGCAUCGACCAACCGGCACCAGAAGCAGCUGCCAGUGAACAACAACAACAACAACAACAAUCAUCAUGGACGGCACGAUACGGCCAACCUGACCUUUCCGCAGCUGAUACUGCUGGAAGCGGUCGAGGCGCGCCAGAAGACGGUGGAAAACAUCUGGGACAUUACCGUGUCGCUGAACAUUCUGUAUCGGGAAAACUGGACACGGUUGGCAUCGAUGGAGAUAGCACGGUUCCAGGAGCAGUUUGUCAACCGGCUGCUGGAGGAGAUGACACAGAUCAACAACAUGCAGCACGCGGGCGCACCCGGCACCGCUGGCCAUGAGCUGGCGGGCCACGGGCCGGACAACAACUGGACCUUUGCCCGUGCCUUCCUGUACUCGCUUACCAUUUUGACGACGAUCGGGUAUGGUAGCGUGGCACCACGGACCGUGCUCGGACGGAUGAUAACUCUCGCGUACGCCGUGCUGGGGAUACCGCUGACCCUGGUGUACCUUUCCAGCACUGGCGGGAUGUUGGCGAAAGUUGCCCGUGGAGUGUUUUCCAGAGUUCUUUGCUGCUGUCUGUGCUCCAACUGUGGCUACUGCUGCUACGACGAGAAGCGCAUGGAGGAGAAGGAAAAGCGCAUGAAGCGAAAGCGCCAGCAGAUGGAGCUGCAGCAACAGCAGCAGCAUCUCGCCCUGUCCGGCCAGGAACCGUACUACGUGCGGUCGGGCUCGCUGCAGAACAGUGUCAACUCGCCCGAGAAGCAGCUGACCAUGCUGGGAACGGCGGCGGCGGCGGCGGCAAUGACGUCCGCUACCACCCCGGACCACGACUCGACCGCUGGCAGCAGCGACAGUGAGUCGCGCGCCUCGAUGCACGGGCUCAGCAUACUGGCCCCGAUACUGCUGUGCGUGGCCAUGAUGUCCAUCUACAUUGUGGUCGGUGCGCUCACGCUGUUCCGGCUGGAAUCGUUACCGCUGUCCGACGGGGUGUACUUCUGCUUUAUGGCCCUGUCGACGAUCGGGUUCGGGACGCUGGCCCCCGGCACACGCCGAGAGUCGACCGCGACCACCUGGUUCUGCUCGGGCUACAUCAUGGCCGGGAUGGCACUGACGGCGAUGUGCUUUAACGUGCUGCACGACGAGAUACUGCACCGGUUGCGGCACAUGGUCGAGAUGCAGAAGGAGAUCAAGAGCCACAACGAGCAUCGCCGGUUUCUCGCCUCCUGACGGUACGAGAAGAACACGAACCUGUACCAGCGGAAUCCCACCGAGGAAACCUUGAUCACCGGAACACCGACGUCCGUUAUCUUCGCCCAAGAGCCAGACUUGGGCCAGUUGCAUCUGCAGCACGAUUGUCACUCGGUGCAUCAUACGGUUGGGCACGAGCUUAUACCGAUCGUUACGAUGGCGCCGAACGGGCCCGGCCCGGGCCUGUCGUCGGAGCUGCUGGACCGUGCCACAUCCCUCUCGGACGUUGGGCCCGUUGGUGUUGGGCAGCCGAUGAUGAUGCCGGCGCCGGGUGAACAAACGGUACCGCACGGGCUGGGCAUGGCGAGCAGUGGGAUCGGUUCGAUGAUGACGUCGAACUUGAAUACGGGCGUGUACACGCUGCCAGAAGAAUCCGAACACGAGUCGGAAGAGUGCCCAGCCAUGUAAAGCCGAGGAGAGCUUGUGGACAGCGGCAACCUGACCCCGUCAACUUUCCCGAGAUGUUGGGUGUUGGGGUUGUCUGUCGGAACAUCAAAAAACGCGAUACAGGUGUUACUCUUACAAAGAUCAAUCAAUCGUUGAAUCAUUUCCGUACUCAACCGUGCUGUUGAUGUGGAUCAAUUAUGACAAAUGCGGACACGUUACACGUUAAAUCUUAGGUUAAAAGGAAAUCACACACAUACUUAGAUUUAGAUAUUUCGAAUGCGUUAGAAAAAUGGAUGGACCGAUGGAAGAUAUGUUGCAACAACUAGACAACCAUAAAUUCCACUCCCUCCGGUUGUUGAGGCUGUCAGGACAUCAUACUAAGUGCAAUGUACAUAUACGUGUAACACACCUAACACACCUAACAUUAGCAGGCAUUUCGAGCGACAUAAACAGUAAUGAAACAAUCGCUACCAUUUACCGUACAGUGGAUGUAAAUAGUGAAGGAUUUGAACGCUGCUAAAUACCAUUUCAUAUCACGCAGUACAUUUUUCUUACAGGCCGAUAUAUUUCCAGCCAGCCAGCCAUACACAACAAUCGUCUCGUCAAUUUGUUCAACUACGCAGCGCAGCGCAAAAGUCAAUAGGUUUUGCUUUCGUUUCCAACAAACAAUACACGCUACACUUACAAAAUCCAACCAACCAUAGAAUGAAUAGUGCCAUGCGGAAUGAGUGCAUGUGUAUGUUAAUCUUUUGUAUAAUUAUUACCUUGGUUGGAUAACGAAAAGGACAUGUCGUAAAGCUAGCUAAUACGGGCCAGAAAUGGUCAACGUACAUAAAUAUAUCACCUAAACUAUUUAGAUAAAAACGAAAAAGGAAAUAGAAUAGAGAUAAAUGUUCACCUUCAAGCACAUGCAACGGCUUGAUUGGCUGAAGGCAACUGUGCCAUAGAUAAAUGAGAAGCAAUUAUUCACUUGCUACGCAACGGUACGCGUAAAAACAUUAUUCUAUACGUUACCAGUCAAUCAUUUUAAGGUAGAGACAGUCUAAACAGAAAUGUAUUUUUAUCGAUUUUCAUAUAUGGUUACAAAGGUUUUGUCGCUGUUCUGUUGGGGGGAAUAUGUUUCCUUACUAAACCUUUGGAUAGAGCUAUGUAGAAAAAAAGAACAAAUAUCGAGAGAGGCACGAACACAAAAAUUCGCGGAAAUUGUUUCUGCACAUUCGGUAUCCGAAUGAUGGUCAAACGAAAAAGGGGUUCCGUUUGUUUGUUCGGUUCCGUUCCGUUUCAUCAAAUGAGCUUUAGAACACAAAGCAAAGGUUUAUAAUAAGAACGUCCACACGAAGGAAUUUAGUGCAAAAUGCACAAAGGCGGACUACUAGGAGAAUUCGGAGAUUGUGCGAAGGGAGUAAUCGUCAAUAGACCUAACAUAACACAUAAACAAGUUACCUUUUCGUGCAAUAUGUAAUGCAACUCUAUCGUAUGAUAAUGGAAUUUACUUCUCUCCCCACACCGUCGUAGUUCCACUCCCCAGAGCAUCGAUAGAAACAGAAUCCCUCCUUUUGAUGCAAUAUCUUCAACAUUGAGCCAGAAGGUGCUGGCGGAUGGACAUAGUAACCCUAUCUUUCGCUCUCGCAUCCUGUACCCCUUUUCUAUCCAAAGUUUUACGCGAACGAUGUAAUGGGCGGGUUUUAUACAGUUGUACAUAGCGCUUAUUGGUUACCUCCUAUUCGUUCGUCAACACCUGAACUAUACGUUUGUAAAAAGGCAAUCAUCGGUGUGUUGGCCCGGAGCAUAAUGUUAAAAUUGCCUAAACUGUCCGAUUGCGUUCUUUUCGAGAGGGAGAUGGAAUACUUCCAAUAAUAAUCGUAGUAUGGUCAUGUUGUAUGAAAACUCUUCUGAAAGAUCAUUUUGGGAUCAUCACGGGAGCGAAAAGGGAGAGCGUGAACCAAUCAUGUGCUUCACGGAAUUACCGUCAUAAAUAGUAUCGAUCAAUGUGUUUAAAAAAAUUGCAAAUGAACCCGUAUGUAACCGAUAACUAACUGUAAGCUACAGGACCAGGCCCUGUUGUAACUAAAACAAACAAACAAAAACACUCACACUAGCAGAGAUCGUGCCGUUUGGUUUACAUUGACGAUCGUGCAGAUUGAUUCGAAUUUAUCCACUCUAAAGGGUGGAAGAGUAAUAGAAGGGCCGCGUUUGAAAUUACACCUACAUCUGUGAACACAAUGUGAUAACGAAUGAGCAGAUACGGCGUAACUUUUCACACAAUGCAAUCGAACAAUAUGGAGGGAGUCGUCCAUUAAACGGGGAAUUGAAAUAGAGAGGAAAGCAAAAUACAUAAGCAAGAAGAUUUGAAGCGAAGAUUAGGAGAAGAUGACAAACAGACAUUGCGUAUCCCUUACAAAACCUUCUUGUUCGCCAUACCCAACACACAUUCACAUACACUUCGCCCGAAGAUAUGCGUUGUGAACGGAACGAAUGGACACUUCCUCAAGCAUCAUGUACGCGUCCAUUCGUCGGGAUGAACUAUGGUGAUCGUCCUUUUAUCGAUGCUGAUCGUUGAUGUAAUAAAAAAAAGUAUAUGCAUACACUACCAUAUAAUAAUACAACA